UUUAACAGCAGCACCACAUCCGGUCUGCUUCCUGUAGCACGCCAUGAGUGAUUGUUGACUUGUUUCUCCCCAGUUGAUGGAUUCGGCAGGACGUUUCUUUUCAGUUUAAGUAGAUGUUAGGGGUGUCAAAAACCUUCUAAAUGGGUGCAUAUUAUUGUGCUAUUUGCAGGCAAACAACAUUCACUGGGAAGGGACAUAUCUUUGGGAAAAACCAUCAGAGCAGACUUCGAGUGGUUCUUCUUAAAUUCUUAGAAAAGGUGAAAGAGGCUCGUCGAACACUUAAAAAACCCCAAGUGGAAAAGUUCUACUGCACCCAGCCUAAGACGAGGUUCUGGUGCUACUGCUGUGGCUGUGAGAUUGAAAGAGAUGUUACUGACGGGAACAUGAACGUGCUGUACGGAGGCCUGUUGGAGCACAUGGCCACCCCGGAACACAGGAAGAAUACUCACACGUUCUGGUGGGAGAAUAAGGCCGACCCCAAGUUAAGGGACAAGGUCAUCAUCACAGAGGAGGAAACCGAGAGGUUUAAAGCUGAGGUGGAGAAAGCGUUGGACUCAUUUGUGGAGAUAGAGGAUGAUUUUAUUAAACAGCAAGCUGAUAACAUCCGGGCCCAGGAAAAGAACCGCCAAGAGGUCCUCCAGUCUCUUUUAGAGCGGGACGCAGAGCCGGAGUUGUUCAAUGGACCCAACGGCACAGACGAGUCUGCCGAGGGCGCUGUCAGCUGUCAAUUUACGCCCCAGGGAUCUCACCAUCAGGCGGGGAGCAGCUAUGUCAAGUCUAUGGUCAAAGCUCCUCGUGCUGCAACAGGACAAGGCCUGACCUUCAUCGGCUACCAGGAUUCAAACACUGGAAAUGUACAUACAGGCGCCUUACCGCCGUGGCUCCAGGAGGAUCCUCUUGAGGGGACCUCCGCUGCUGCAGCACAUCCUGAGAUUGGUCCAUCGCUCGAAGGGUUCCUCAAACAGAAGGAGCAAGAGAAGCUGAAGAAACUUCCACCCAACAGAGUCGGCGCCAACUUUGAUCACAGCUCACACACAGACGCCAACUGGCUCCCCUCCUUUGGCAGAGUUUGGAACAGUGGCCGACGCUGGCAGUCCAGGCACCAAUUCAGACAAGAGGAAGGACAGAAGAAAAGACCAAAGAGGAAGAAGGAGCACGGCACAGAGGGGUCAAAGAAAUCAAAAGGGACUGAACAGUCGACAAGCUCUGUCAAUAACUGAUUAUUAUAUUAGAAGUGAGUGACGGGAUGUAUAUAUUUUACAAGAUGUGAAUGAGAUUUUAUUUUUGACUGGUUGUGCUGUGUUCAAAUGAUCCGGCUGACUGGACAGCCUACUGUACUUCCUUACCUGACCGCUGUGUUUUCAUGUGGCAAAUGGUAUGUAACUUUCUCUAUAACCUACUUGGCCAAGUGUGCAGUAUAGUUCAUAUUAACUUGGAUUCAUUUCUUAAUGGAGUUUGGUGUUAAACACUUUGUGGUUCAACUUCACAACAUUGUAUCCAAAGUUUUUUCAUAGAUCAAAAUGUGUAUGCUCACCCACACUCAAAGAUUUUGUUUUUAAGUUACCGGUAGUUGUUUCUACAGCUUUUUGGAAUGAGAACAUGACAGUUCUGAUAAGCGGGCAGCAGGGGGCGCCGGCCACUGUGCGGUAACAUACAUGCUGUUGAUGCCACCAUUUAGACAACAGCUCUGUUAAUGACCUCAAAUGUAAUAUCCACUUGAAUAUGUGUCUGUGUGCUGCAAACAUAAAACACGUCCUUUUGUUUCUGCCCACUA